CAGAUUGGUUUCUCCAAGAGACAAAGGUCAAGACUCAAGAGGCAAAAGACAGCAAGACAGAGUGUGCGGGUGUGUGCUGGAGCACGAAGCUCGACAUCAAGCUUUUGAAUCUGAUUUGGAUAUUGACAGAGGCCCUGUUAUGGAGGUGGAUGACGAUGGAAAACCCAGAAGAACUGGCACAUUAUGGACGGCGAGCGCGCACAUAAUCACGGCGAUAAUAGGGUCCGGCGUUCUGUCCCUCACAUGGGCCAUUGCUCAGCUUGGAUGGAUCUCUGGCGUCUGCACUCUCCUAGUAUUCUCAUGCAUCACCUCUUAUACUUCCAAUCUCUUGGCGGACUGUUACAGAUCUCCGAUCACCGGCAAGAGAAAUUGCUCUUACAUGGAAGCUGUCAGAAGCCACUUAGGUGGAACCAAGUACAAGGCUUGUGGGUGCGUGCAGUAUAUCUACCCUUCUGGGAUGACCGUUGGCUAUACUAUCACAGCAUCGAUAAGCAUGGUGGCAAUGCGGAAAUCGAAUUGCUUCCACAAGAGAGGCCAUGAUGGGGAUCCGUGCAAGUUUUCGAGCAAUCCUUACAUGAUUGCUCUGGGGAUUCUUGAAAUCUUCUUCUCUCAAAUCGCAAACUUUCACGAGCUCUCAUGGCUCUCCACCGUCGCUGCGGUCAUGUCUUUUGGGUAUGCAUCAAUCGGAAUAGGACUCGCGUUUGCAAAGGUUGUGUCAGGAAAAGGUGAAAGAACUUCAUUGAUGGGAAUGGAAGUUGGUGUGGGCUUCAAUGCGGCAGAUAAAGUCUGGACGAUGCUCAGGGCAGUUGGAGACAUGGCAUUUGCUUUUGCAUAUUCUACCGUUUUGAUUGAAAUCCAAGAUACGUUGAAGUCUUCACCACCAGAAAAUCAAACAAUGAAGAAAGCUAACACAAUAGGUAUGUCUAUAGCGACAACUCUAUACUUGCUUUGCAGCUGUCUGGGUUACGCCGCUUUUGGUGACCGUGCGCCUGGUAACUUCCUCACAGGGUUUGGAUUCUACGAGCGGUUCUGGCUCGUAGACUUGGCCAACGUCUUCAUUGUGGUGCACCUGGUUGGAGCAUAUCAGGUAUUAGCUCAACCGGUAUUCGGUGUAGUUGAAGCAUGGCUGUACUCGCUGUGGCCUGAAUCGAAUCUCAUAACAAAAGAAUACCCAGUAAACAUUGGCAGGAGAAAGCUCAGUUUCAGCUUAUUGAGGCUGGUGUGGAGAACAUUAUUUGUGGUGAUGGCAACAGUUCUUGCAAUGGCAUUGCCUUUCUUCAAUGACAUACUUGCUCUCCUCGGGGCAAUUGGGUUCUGGCCCAUGACCGUGUACUUCCCUGUGGAAAUGUACAUUGCUCAGAAGAAAAUCAAACGUGGGUCAAGAAGUUGGGUUGGGCUCCAGAUUUUGAACUUUGUUUGCUUGCUGGUUUCAGUUGCAGUAGCUUGUGGAUCCCUUCAGGGGCUGAACCAGGCUCUCAAGUCGUCCAAGCCCCUCAAGUUCGAGGAGUAGCCCAUAAUAAGUUGCUAAUUAAUUU